UCAGACAUAUUUAUCGUCAAAGGUACAAAGAUGAACUGCUGUGGUCUGCUGACAGUCCAGAAGGAACCAGUUCCUCUGAAGAGCAUUGAAGUGGAGCUGGAGGUGAGGGACCAUGUGGCUACAGUGGUCUCCACUCUGCUCUACCAGAACAAGGAGGACAAACCACUAGAGGCUGUUUUUGUCUUCCCUCUGCCUGGAGAUGCUGCUGUCUGUCAUUUCAGUGCUAAGAUUGGACAGAGACAGAUUGUAGCUGAGGUGAAGGAGAAACAGCAGGCUCGCGAGGAGUAUGAUGAUGCAUUGAGCUCCGGUCAGCAGGCCUUCCUAUUGGAGGAGAGUGAUCAGAGCCCAGAUAUAUUCUCUCUGAGUGUGGGCAGUCUGCCUCCAGGAGAGAGCGCCUCCAUCAGGCUGGAGUACGUCACUGAGCUGGCUGUGCAGGCUGAUGACGGGCUGAGGUUUUGUCUGCCUGCUGUGCUCAACCCUCGCUACCAACCUCAGGGAAGUGAAGGUGGCAGCGUCCAGGUGACGUCUGUUCCAGCCUCUCUGGUGCCCUACAGUCUGUCUUUCUCUGCCCGGGUGUCCUCUCCUCGUCCAGUCUCUAAAGUAGAGUCCAGCUGUUCCCUGGACCCUCUCCAGUACCUCAACACAGAGCAAACCCAGGCUACGGUCAAGUUGGCUGCAGGACACAAGUUUGACAGGGAUGUUGAACUGUUGAUUUAUUACAAAGAUGCCCACCAACCCAAUGCUGUGGUGGAGGCAGGACAGACCUCUGCCAAGCCUGGCACUCUGAUGGGUGAUCCAGUGGUGAUGCUGAGCCUGUACCCUGAGUUCCCCCAGGCUGUGAUGUCUUCAGUGGCUUCAUGUGGAGAGUUUGUGUUCUUAAUCGAUCGAUCAGGAAGUAUGGAUUGUCCAAUGGAUAACAGAAACCGACAACAGACUCGCAUUGGCAGUGCCAGGGAUACUCUACUGCUCCUGCUGAAGAGUUUACCAAUGGGCUGCUACUUCAACAUCUACAGUUUUGGGUCCAGAUAUGAGCACAUCUUUCCUAAGAGUGUGGAGUACAGUGAGAAGACAAUGGAAGAGGCUCUGAAGAAAGUUGAGAACAUGGAUGCUGAUCUGGGAGGAACAGAGAUCCUGCAGCCCCUAAAACACAUUUACAGUCAGCCCUGCAUUCCCAGUCAACCAAGACAACUGUUUGUCUUUACUGAUGGAGAGGUGGGGAACACCAAAGAAGUUAUAAAUCUGGUGAGGAAGAACUCAGGCUACCACAGGUGUUUCUCUUUUGGGAUCGGGGAAGGGGCCAGCUCUGCUCUUAUCAAUGGUUUGGCCAAAGAAGGAGGAGGUCACGCUCAGUUCAUCACAGGAACUGACAGGAUGCAACCAAAAGUGAUGCAGUCGCUGCGAUUUGGUCUACAGCCAACUGUGGUGGACAUCUCAGUCACAUGGGAUUUACCAAAGGGAGUGUCUGUCACUGUCCUCUCUCCACCAAUCACAACAAUUUUCCAGGGUCAAAGGUCACUGAUUUAUGCUCAGCUCACUGGACAGAGUCCAGAGGCAGCAGAGGGCUGUGUGACGGUGAAGUACAGCCUGGCAGGUCAUCCAUCCCACAACCAGCUCCACUUCAGUCUCAAACCUGCAGACGACACUGGACUAACAGUCCAUAGGUUGGCUGCUCGGACUCUGAUUCGCUCCCUGGAGAUGGAGGAGAGAGAGCACAGAGGACAGCAAGAUGGAGGAGAGAAGAAGAAGGUGGUGGAGCUCAGUGUCCAAUCAGGAGUGAGCAGUUCCUUCACCGCCUUCAUUGCUGUCAAUAAAGAUGAUGGCGAGGCCAUUCAAGGGCCUCUGUUGCGCAGAAAUGUCCCAGCACCCAGUUUGUCAGCCCCCCGAGGUCUGGCUGGUGCUGCAUCCAUGAUGAAAUGUGGGAGGCCCCCCCGAGGUUGGGCUGUUGAUGCUGCAUCCACAAGGAAUUCUUGCUCAGUCAGUCAGCCUCACAGAGAUCCUUUGCUGCAGUUGGUGUCCCUCCAGAAGGCGUCUGGCUGUUGGGAGAUCCACCCAGCUUUGGCUGCUUUGCUGGGAAAGACCAGCGAGGAGGUGGAAAUGUCAAAGCCUGAAUCGGUGAAAGAGGAAGUGUGGGCCACCAUUCUGGCUCUGAUCUGGCUUCAUGGUUUCAAGUUGGAUGUUCAGGAUGAGUGGCAGCUUCUGGCUAUGAAGGCUGCGUCAUGGAUCCGUGCUCAGAAAGAACCAUGUGUGACAGAGUGUGUGGAAGCUGGAAAUGCACUGUUGGGAUGUGAGGUGCAGAAAGAUUCCCUGGGGAUUUAAGGAUUUAUUUAUUCUGGCUUCUC